AUGGCAAGUGAACGGUGGAAGGAUGAUGUCGCAUACGCGAUGACUCCAUUCAAGUUGAUUACGUGGCCUAUAGGCGUAUGGCCACUUCAAGUUUACGACAUCUAUUCGUUAUUGCGUUGUAUUUUAGGCACUUUUUGUGCGAGUCUAGUUGUGAUCUUGCCUUCCAUGGAGAUAUAUAUGGGUUGUACUGACGUAGAGCAAAAUAUAGAUUGCCUGAUGAUAAUGUGCUGCGGAUUUCUCGGUGUGCUGAAGACGACAUGGUUUCGCAUUUAUGCAAAUAGUUUGAUUAUUAAUUACAACUCUGCUAUAAAUGAUUAUCUCACGGUUGACAACACAAAAGAUCGUGACAUUAUGAGAAAACACGCUUUUAUAGGAAGGACUCUCUGUUCUUCCUCAUUGACCAUUGCUUACAUUUCUUGUCUAACAUAUGGAAUAAUUGCUAUUUUGAAUUACGACAUGUUAAUCCGUAAUCGAAUUAACAUAACAAACGAAGAUACGACACUAGAAUACGUUAUACCAUCAAGAUGCACUCUGGAAUAUUUAAAUUUUCCAACAUACAUGUAUCACAUUUUUUGUCUGGUCGAAACUGUUCUAAUAUUGUUGGCGACUACAACUAAUCUUGGUAACGACGCAAUGUUUCUCAAUAUUAUAUUGCACGUUUGUGGUCAAGUAAAUAUUCUGAGGAGCCAUUUCCUCAAUUUCGAUGUUACAAGUCCGGGAAUCUACGAUCGUUUCGGUGUGCUAGUUAAAAGACACUGUUACCUGAUAACGCUGGCCAGGGAACUUGCCAAUUUAAUAAGUUUCGUAUUGCUGAUAGAACUAUUCACUAUCAGCAUAUUAUUAUCUAUAAUGGGAUUUCAGUUUAUUUUAGCAUUGAAAGUCAAUAAUACAGUAAUGGUAGGAAAGAGUUUUAUGGUAUUGAGUGCCUUUCUGACACAACUAACAUUGUAUAGUUUUAUUGGGAAUUAUUUAAACUCUGAAAUGGAAGAAAUAGGACUCUCUAUUUAUCAAAGUAUUUGGUACAAUUUUCCUAGAAAAAUGGCAAAAAACGUAAUUUUUAUUCUUAUGCAGACAAAAUCUUCAGUCGCAUUGCAGGCCGGAAAUUUCAUCGAAGUCAAUCUGUCAACUUAUGUAAGCAUUUUAAAAACCUCUUUUUCAUAUUUAUCUGUACUUCGUAUUAUGGUUGGAAUGUAAAAUGUAAAAUGCGAA